UUAGUGUAAUUGGAAAGUUUUUUUUUUAUUUUAAAAAUGUCAAUCACACAAAUGGGAACGAAGCGCGAUUUCGAGCAAGAGGCCGAAUUCCAAAUCGAACUACUUCAGCAAAAGGCACGUGAGGAUUUUCUUCUCAGUUUUUCACAGAGUGAAGAUACGUUGACUGAAAUUGUUGAAGAAUUCAUUGUUCCAACGGUCAAGGCUCCACAACGUGAAGAAACCGAAGCAAAAUCGUACAUUUCGUCAGCGUCAAAAUCGAUUUUGGAAAAAUGGAUGUACGAGCAUCGAUUAUAUUGUUAUCCAACUAAAGCAGAGAAGCAAGCACUAGCCAGGGAAACGGGCCUCACCGUACAAAAAAUUUCAAAUUGGUUCAUCAACUCUAGGCGGCGGAUGUUACCAAAAAUGCUGCAAACUGAAGGAAGAAAUCCAAUCAAUUUUACCAUUUCACGAAAGAAGAAGAAGACUGAAGCCAUACUGACUGGCAGUUUUGAAGGGGCGAGCUCAUCGGCCAGUUACCUGAGCAAUUGUGCCAUUGUUGAAGAAUCCAAAAUCAUCGAUCAAACCAGCAUUUUGUAUGGCAACGCAAUAGACAUUCAAAAUGAACAAAGCAACAUUUCUUACGAUCGAGCCCUUCAAGAAUUCAUUGUGCCAUAUACUGAAACUGAUGACGAAAAUUCCAUACCAUCCGAAUUAACGUCAACCGACCAACACAAAGUCGAUGAAGUCAUUCGAGGCAUUUUGUACGAUCAAACAACUCAAUCCAAGUGCCUGUUUAUUCUUAUCAAUUCACCAAUGAAAUGAAAAUGUCUCUUGAUUACGUUUCUA